AUGGCUGGUGCAACAAGCAUUCGCAGUGCCAGGCUGGUUGGCGAAAUCCGGAGUGGAUACCUUGAAAGAGGUCUUGAAGCCUCCAAAGACAUCCUCUUGAAGGGCACCAUUGCCUUUGCGUUUCUCAGUGCCGGUAUUAGCGCCUUCUUCCCGAAGUUCGGGAGUGACCCAAAGAGCCCUUGUGACGGCAUAGAAGGUGAGGAUUGGGGGAAGUGCGUUUGGCAGCAAAUCUUUCCGCUGGUCGAAGAGUUUGUGGAUGCGAAGUUUGAUGACUUCACAGCAAAGCUUUGGGAUGCUCAUCUGAGGGGUUGGCAGAACCGCCUCUGGUACAUCGAGACCACAGUGAAGGAGAACACGGGUAGCCAGAAGUAUGUCCCCGAAAAGGUCAGCAAGAAGAUGUAUCAGGACUUGGACAGUCUUCAUCAAGGGCUUAUCCAAGCUGCGCCGGCCUUCAUGAUGCCUUUCAACAAGGGGAGUAUUGCCGGACUCUACAUGUCGCAGUUUUCAGCCUUGCACGUGAACGUGAUGACCACGUUGUUGGCUGACGAGCAACACCAGACUGAAGGCUUUCGCGUCACGACGCAGGAGAUCCUUCUUUGCUAUGCGCGCCUCGUGGUGAAGAGGACCCUUGAGGCGCGUGAGGAGCGCUUGAAGGCUUUCGAAGUGGACAACAGCUGCGGCAAGUCGACGUGCUGCCUGAGCGUCCCGGGGCAGAAAUGCCAGUUUGCAUGCCCGAACAUCUGCCGCAAAUACGAGGACACAUGGCAGCAUUGUGACUGGAGCCCUGGGAAAUGCGAAAUCAGCGACAGCAGGAAGUGUGUCAAGGGCACGGUACUUCCAUUCGGUUGCGAAGAUACCAAAAAAGACACGUGUUCGUCCUCCUCAGAAGGCAUCAAAUGGGAUUGCCAUGUCGAUCAUGUGAAUGACCAGCUUGAUACAAUGUGGUCAAUGUGGUUGGCUCCGGUACCCCAUUGGCUUGACCUCGUCGUCCAGAUGGACGCUUUGAACAUCAAGAAGACAACAGAAGCUCAAAGUGGCUUUUAUUGUCCGCUGUAA